ACAGCCAGGUCUAGGUGGGGCAGACUCUAAGCAGAACUGUGCGUCUUGCCCUCAGCCCAUGCGGAGCCUCUCCACAGCUUCUGUACCUCGAGCGUUAGGCCAGAUCCCUUCUCUCUAAUCCAUCUGUCACCUCUCCUGUCAUCUGUUUCCAUGCUGUGAGGUCCAGCUGCAGAACACAUCCAUGGCUCUCAUGCUCAGUUUGGUUCUGAGUCUCCUCAAGUUGGGAUCAGGGCAGUGGCAGGUGCUUGGGCCAGGCAAGCCUGUCCAGGCUUUGGUGGGGGAGGACGCAGUAUUUUCCUGUUUCCUGUCUCCUGAGACCAAUGCAGAGGCCAUGGAAGUGCGGUUCUUCCGGGGCCAGAUCUCCAGCGUGGUCUCCCUCUACAGGAAAGGGAAGGAGCAGCCAUCUAUGCAGAUGCCACAGUAUCAAGCCAGGACAAAAUUGGUGAAGGAUUCUAUUGCAGAGGGGCACGUCUCUCUGAGGCUGGAAAACAUUACUGUCUUGGAUGCUGGCCUCUACGGGUGCUGGAUUGGUUCCCAGUCUUAUCACCAGGAGGCUGUCUGGGAGCUGCAGGUGUCAGCACUGGGCUCGGUUCCUCUCAUUUCCAUGGUGGCAUAUGUUGACAGAGGCAUCCAGCUACUCUGUCGGUCCUCGGGCUGGUUCCCCCGGCCCACAGCGAAGUGGAGAGGUCCACAUGGACAGGAAUUGUCCACAGACUCCAGGACACACACGGACAUGCAUGGCCUGUUUGAUGUGGAGAUCUCCCUGACCGUCCCAGAGAAUGCUGGGACCGUAUCCUGUUCCGUGCAGCACCCUCAUCUGAGCCAAGAGGUGGAAUCCAGGGUACAGAUAGGAGAUACCUUUUUCCAGCCUGUAUCAUGGGCCCUGGCUGUCAAAGUACUGGGAAUACUCUGCUCUGGCCUAUUUUUUGGUAUUGUUGGACUGAAGAUUUUCUUCUCCCAAUUCCAGGGGAAAAUCCAGGCAGAACUGGACCGGAGAAUAAAGUGCGGACAGGCAGAAUUGAGAGAGGCCCGGAAAUACGCAGUGAAGGUGACUCUGGACCCAGAGACGGCUCACCCACAGCUCUGCGUUUCUGAUCUGAAAACUGUAACCCAUAGAAUGGCUCUUCAGGAGGUGCCUAACUCUGCGAAGAGAUUUACAAGGAAGAGUGUGGUGGCUUCUCAGAGUUUCCGGGCAGGGAAACGUUACUGGGAGGUGGACGUGGGAUACAGUACACAUUGGUACGUCGGAGUGUGUAGGGAUGAUGUGGACAGGAAGAAGUAUGUGACUUUGUCUCCCAACAAUGGGUACUGGGUCCUCGGACUGCAGAGAGAACAUUUCACAUUCAAUCCCCAUCGUAUCAGCCUCUUCCCCAGGAUCCGUCCUACACAAAUAGGGAUCUUCCUGGACUAUGAGGGUGGGACCAUCUCCUUCUUCAACAUAAAUGACCAGACCCUCAUUUAUACCCUGACAUGGCGGUUUGAAGGCUUAUUGAGGCCCUACAUUGAGCAUCAGUUCCGUGAUGGGACUCUUACAGUCAUCUGCCCAUUGCCUCAGGAAUCAGAGAGAGAGGCCUCUUCACAAAGGGCCUCUACAACCCCAGAGGCAUGCAACAGUGAGUCCUCCUCACAAGUAACCACGCCCUUCCUCCCCAGGAGUGAUGAGUAGGAUGAAUCACACCUCACAUUCUUUUUUAGAAUACCAAGGUUUCUCUCCCAGAUCCAAAGCCCUGCAGUGGCCAGCUGUGGUGGCUUCCAGAUGAAGGGGGAUAGGCCUGUCCAUAUGGGAGUCAGGGCUCAUGGCUGCCAAGAGUGGGGAAGGAAGAAGGCUAACAUUAGAUUUAGUUUGCUCUCACUCCAUCCUGCUAAGUGAUCUUGAAAUAGUCACCACCUCUCAGGCGAGGAAAAUCAGAAAUUCCCAUCUCACAGGCUGUGGUGUAGAUUAAGUAGACAAUGAAUGUGAAUCAUGCUUAGAUCUUGUUGAUGACAGAGUGCAUCCUAAUGGUUUGUUCAUUAUAUUACACUUUCAGUA